AAAAAAAAAAAAUCCAAAAAAGUAUUUCAAUCUUUUCAUACAAAAAAUGCUCUAUGCUAUACAUAUGCACAAAAAUUAUAUAUACAUAUUCUUCUACAUUGAACUGCUGCACAGCCUCAGUUAUUUACUGGAUUCAAGACAAGCGACUACACCACUGACGGAAAGAACAUUUCUGCAAAGACUAUAAAAAAAGGAGACUGUAAAUCUGGUGAACUAUAACCUGACAUCAUAUUUUUGUUUACGUCUAUGUACUACAUAAAUAAUAUAGAUCGACAAUGAUAACUACAAAGGUCAAGAGAUACUCCAAUGCAAUAAAAAAGAAGAAAUAAUCCAAUUUAAAAACAGACACUCAUCUUGGCCAUUUUUGGAGCUGGCUGAAUAGUAAGAUGGGUGUCCAUGAGUAGCACAGCACUGGGCACAGGCUGUGAUAUUCUUUGAGACAUCGAGUUGGGUUUAGCAGGGUGCUAAUACAACUACACAUCUCCUACCUUAGAACUGGUUGAUUUUUAUCCAGUUCCAAUCUCCAGACUAGCAGGUAUAUAUUUCCCUAAGUCAAAUGACAGGAUUAUAAGAAGAAGGAAAGGGAGAGAAGAGGUAGCUGUUACAGGAAGAAUGGCAGACUCUGCUUCUCCUUAGUCUUAGAGAGAAUAAAAAGGCAUUUCUAAGAUGAAAGACUGUGGCUACAAGGGAUGGGAACUACAGUAGCUGGAACAGAGGAAGAUGAGCGGACAAGCUGCAGCCUGAAGAGGACCCAUGUCCACCACCCCAAUCCUUGCCACUUGUGGGUAAACCUUCUCAUGCAGAAAAGGGGUAUGUCUGGGGGUUUCUGCUCUCUCCCAGCUGCAGAACCCCUGGGGGUACAGCAACCUCCCAGGAACCAUGCAUUUGGCACGUGACAUUAGCAUUGGUUUCAAAAUGAAGCUGACUGGAGGGAAAAAAUACAGUAUUCUGGUAACUAGCAAGUAUCACUGGGUUGUACCUCAGUAAAACCUCUUGCUGCAGUCUGGAAUCCACAGGUGGACAAGAUUAUGAUAACAUGAGGCUGUUAAAAUUCAUUAAGCAGAGCACAACCCCAUCACCUGUGUGCUAAGCAAAAUUCAGUUCAGCAUUCAGGAUUUACGUUUUGAAGCUAAUAGACAGUAAAGCUAAUGCCAUCCAUAAGAACAGCGUAAUUAUAAUCCUAAAUUUGCCACAGACAGAUUUGGUACAGGCAAACUUGCUCAGUUUUAAGAAGAGCUAUUGUGUGGGGAAGAAGAAGCUAGGAAAGGGUAGGCUCAAGUUCAGCAUUAUCCCUGAACAGACAAAACCUGGGACCUAUGGAAACCAACCACAUCAGGUAUAUUCACUUUGUGGCAUCUUUUUCUGUUGUAGGAAUGGGUAAAACACAUAGCAUUCACUGAGUGUGUUAUAAUAUAGACAAUCUUUAGAAACUGCUCAGAAUUUAAACUGAGUGAGCACAUGAAUACAGAAUAUCAUCACAAUUUUCACAGCUCAGCACUAGACAAGAAGAAAGUGAAUAGUUUUCUGAAACUACCUGCAGACACUCAGUAAAUUCUCCACCCGAUGUUUAUUAUGUAGAGUAGAACAGACUUCUGCCAAUAGACAAGGUAGAGAUUUGUGUUUGGUUUGUUGGGUAAAUAGAGUUUCUCCAGCUGUAUAGAGACUCUCCCUCAAGUAUGAUGUUCUAUACACCAGAGAGAGAAAAUGUCAGUAAACUUUCUUAGCCUAAUCAUUACUUUCACUAGAUAGACAAUUUUUACUACAAGUCAAAUAAGAUUAAAAAAAAUGAAUGGAUUAAUGAUUGUUUAUAAAGAAGUGUAAUAAAGAUAUUAUCAUAAUUUUGGGCAAUAAAGGAGAGAUUCAGCAAGCAGUCUGGUCACGAUUUGAAAAUUGGUUUAAACUACAGUAAACCUCUCCCUGACAAGAUCAGCGCAACAGUUGAGCUUUAGCCAGCCACAUCAUCAUGUAAAUUGCUUUCAUGAUAAGCCAGUUUAUAAAUUCUCUUUGCAAAGCUCGGCUACUUCACGGAAGUCCUCCUACAGACAGAAAGAUGGCAUUUAAUGGUGCUUGGAAAAUAGACAGAAAUGAAAACUAUGAAAAAUUCAUGGAGACCAUGGGUAUUAACAUUAUGAAAAGGAAGUUAGGAGCCCAUGAUAAUCUGAAGAUCACUAUUCAACAAGACGGAAACAAAUUUCUUGUCAAAGAAUCAAGCAACUUCCGUACCAUCGAUAUUGAAUUCACUCUGGGAGUCAGCUUUGAAUACAGUCUGGCUGAUGGGACUGAACUUACUGGUUCUUGGAACAUGGAAGGAAAUAAACUUGUAGGAACAUUUACAAGAAAAGAUAAUGGAAAGGCACUCACAGCAUACAGAGAAAUCGUCGGCGAUGAACUCGUUCAGACCUACGUGUAUGAAGGAGUUGAAGCCAAGAGAUUCUUCAAAAGGUGCUAAAUUCUUCAUCCAGAACAGUACUAGAACUGAAAUCCAAUGAUAAAAGGCCAUUUUUCUACAUAUACCCUGUUGUUUUUCCUUUUAUCCCCUCACAGCACCUAAAAAGUUGUGAUCACUUACUGCUACUGAAAACAUGUUUGUUUACAUUUAGUGUUUUGCCUUGAAUAAACAAAAUUCAAUUACAAUUUGAAACAAAUGCUAGUGUUAUUUUUAUGAAGUCCUACAUGACUGUAAAAGGCUGGCAAAAUUAUGUUCUAUAAUCAGAACCUAAAUAUUUUUGCACUGGUUUUUAAAUGGUGACUUAGUUUCCUUACCAUUAUAUUUAUAUCGAUUAAAGGUUUCUCUGUGUACUGAGUAUUAUGUAAUAAGGAUGGUAAAACUUACUAGAAAGCUGGGAACCCCCAAGCCUCUAAAAUUCUUAUAUGUAACUAUAAAUGCACAAUAAAUAAAAAUAUGGUCAGAUAAUACCUCUCACUUUGAUGGUUCAAAUGAUAUCUCUGAUGCCUUGCUGAUAUCAAUAGGAGUAAUAUAAAGCACUUGCUGAUGAUAUACAGAUAUCUCACAUAAAACAGUUUCACUAUAUUUGUUUUUUAAAGUGUGGAUGUGCUUUUAAAACAUACGGAUUUAGAAUUGUUCCAAUACAUUAGGGCUCAAAAUCAUUCUGUGUUAGGAAGAAUGUCAGAAACUUUUUUUCAGGACAUGAAUAAAAAUAUUCAAGGUAUCUUACCACGAUAAAGAAUGAUUUCAGACAAAGCUGGCUUCAAGUACUGGUGCUUCUGAUGGGUGACAAAUACGUGUACCACGUUCUGCUCACGUCACUCAGUCUGUAACUGCUGAUUUCACCCCAGACUCAACUCCCUUGAGUCGCACUAUUUCCUAGGGGUGGCAAUAAAAAUGCCUCUUGAGGGCCAGCUUUAGUCUAGAUCUGCUGUGUCCCCAUAACUAAGCCUCCCAGUGGCGAUCCAGUCCUUGUCCCCAUGACUGAAGGGCACCUUCUUCCAGCCCUGCGUGGUUGCUGACACAGCAGCAGAAUACAUCUGGGUGCUGUGGGCACUUCUGUCCUGCAGCAAACAUGCCCCAGGACUCUCUGCUUGUUUCUGAGCUCUUUACACCUUCCUCCUUCUACUGUCACAGUGAGAAAAAGGCUGAUCCAUGCAAGGGCCUUGCUAAAAGGUUAUACCUCCACGGGGACCUGAGGACAGCCCCGAGCUCUAACCCACAGCACGAGUGCAGCUGUAGUCUCUUACAGCACGUCAGCACACAAUUCCCUGAGGAUGGGAAGCAGCUGAAUAGCCUUCUGCCGUCUGCUUAUUGAUAUGCUGCUGGAGCUCCUGGUUUCAAAUAUCAUUUCUUAAUGGGCACAUUUACACUUCUAAUUUUUUGCCUGUUUGUUUGUUUGUUUUCUAAUUCCUCUCGAAAAUUAUUCCACUGUUUUCUUGGCUCUCUCGACUGUUUUUUUGCUGGGUAGAAAAGAGAAUGUUCUUUCUUCAGUCAUUUCUACAGCUAAAGCCUCUCCAGCCUAUGCUUUUGUAGUCUUCAGGGUCUCAGAGCUCCCUCUAAUGGCAAAAGGCUCUCAUGACGCCAACUGGAUUCGAUUUCAGAUUAGUGAGCACCAUCCUUCGUCAAAACAAUUCGGAUUUUCUCCAGUCCCCAAUAUUGAUUGUAAGAGAUGUAAGAUUGGACAGCAGAAGUACGAAAAGCUAAACAAAAGUACAGGAUAAUUACUAGGUAGGGUUUUUGUUUGUUUGUUUUUGUUUUGUUGUUGUUGUGUGGGAUAUUUUUUUAAGUAUUUGAGAAAUUAUUUUAGCAAAUUCUAGAUUACAUACAAGGCCAUUAACUGAAUGGUACAUUGAUAGGAAGGAAGGGUGUGAGAAGCAACCUGAAGAUAUAAGUUAAAAAGUGUUCAACAACCUCAUAUACUUCAGACAGAUGCAGGUGGCAGCUGUACUUGAAAAAUAAGGAAAAAACAGUAAAGAUUCAGUCUCUAAUACCUGAGGUAGGAUCAACUGUAUUCUGCACAGAGCAUUGCUUUUUCUCUUGAUGCAAGGCUAAAAGUGGUUAAUAGCUCCAAUGAAGAUGCUUUUGUUUAGUAUAAUCACUAAUUUCUAGUUACUCUUCUGGACAAAAUGAAAAUAAUUGCACCCCUUCCAACUCCGAGUGAAUUGGCAUGUCUGUCAGAGGGCAGUACAGGCUGUGCAGCUUCGUUUCUUUGAAUUUUUUAUGUGGUCACGUGCUACGUAAAGCCCACAGCGUGCAUGAAUUUCUCCACGAUGGUUUAAGGCGUACAAGCUGCAACCAGCUUUCAAAGAUAAGCACGUAUCUUAAAACAACUUCCAGUUUCCCUGGGUAUCUUCCCACCAAGAUUUCCUAGAGGAGCCUUCAGUUUGCUCCAGCAAGCCACCCGCCCCCCAAGAAGCUGACCCAGCAAGUGGGGAAUGUUUAUUUCCACACAAGUCCCUGUGCAGACUGACAGAAGGAGCCCUGGUACUAUGGCAGAAAUGCCCGCCACGGGCUGAGGGAGGCUCCCGCCGCGGGAGCUCCCUGCCAACGGCCACCAACGGUCACCAACCGCCACCAACGUUCGCUAACGGUCACCAGCCCCUCGUCACGUGACGCGCCAGCCCCUCCCUCGGGUGCGGCCGCGCGGGGGCGUGGCGGCGGGGACGUGCGCUCGCCUCCCAUUGGCUCCGCACGCGGAAGGGCUGCAGGAGCCUGCGCGCCGGGCGCCGCCCCCGACCCUUCCCGGAGCGGAGCGACAAGAUGGCGGCGGCGGCGGCGUCGCGGCGCCGGGAGCAGGCGGAGGCGGAGCGGGACGCGGCGGCGGUGCCGGCGCCGGCCCUGUCGGGGCAGUCGUACUGGCUGGACCUGUGGCUCUUCGUCCUCUUCGACCUGGCGCUCUUCGUGCUCAUCUACCUGCUUCCCUGAGGUCGGGGGGGCCGCGGGGCUGGCCGGGGGUGCGGAGCCGAGCCCGUGCCGCGGGGAGCCCCUGACCCGGCGUCUGUAUGCCCCGCAGGGCCGCGGCCCCGGCGCUCGGCGCCUCACGGAGAGCAGCGGGACCCGCCCGGCAGGAGGCGGCCGUGGCGACGCCUCCGCUCGCACCUGGGGACCUCCUCCUGAGGCGGGAGCCGCGCCCGCCCUGCCCCGCGCUGUGCCUUCGGAGUCCGCGGGACGGCUCGGCUGCUCUUUGGUCGUUUGCGCCUGAAUAUUUAUGAUGCAUACGUGAAAAUGUGUACUCUUUGUAAAAAAGCGACCGAGGGGACAGACUAUAUUGACAAUAAAACGCAGCUCUCACAGA